AUGGCCAGCCUCGCCUUUGUAUCUCCUGCUGCCCACGGGCCAGUUUUGCUGCACUCAUCUUCGACAGAGGUUCCCCCUCCGCGCAAAUGGCGGGCACCUACGGGCUACGGGCCUCUUCUGUUACCUCUCGGCCUUGCCUUGGCUCCGAUGGCAAAGUUCACCCGUUCGACACGCACUUCGCGUCUUCAAGCGCGGGCCGCGAAGAAGGAAGGAUCAGAACCUGCCCUGUCGAAGCGAAAGCGCAACGACCCACAGGAUAUCACCUUGCUGGACAUGGGGACAGGCUUCACAGUGGGUGAAGACUUGAGCCGCCUUUCAAGAAUCACUGUGAAGACUGGCCGCGAGCGUGUCAAGGAGCGCUGGGUCGUGCGCAACACGGACGAGAAGGAAGACGAGACGAGAGAUCCGAAGGAACUCAUCAGCGAGGUUGCAGCGGAAGUCAACGGGAUGGAUGAGGCCUUUCUUUCAGACCUGGUCGAGAUGACGUCGGUCCAGCGUGCUGAUAUGAUCGAUGAACUCACGCGCAAAGCCUUCAUGCUCAUGGAGGCCGGCGAGAUCAGUGAAGCCAAGGAACACCUCCAACGUGCCACAAGAAUCGGUGAGGCUUUCGAGCGAUUGAGCCAGGAGCUGGAAAUCGUACGCGAGAAGAAAGGCACAGCCAAGACGGAGACAGAGGUCGUCAUGGAGUUGCGCAAGGAGUUGCACCAGGACAGAAAAAAAACACAAAACUAUUUCUGCGGGAACUUAAGCCCCGUCCCAGUUGCGCUGAAAUGUGACACAGCUGGAAUUCUUUCUAUCUGGCGAGAUUGUUUGAAAGUCUUGCCAUGGAAAGAUUUCGGCCCGGAGCAUCCUGCCAUCUUGCGCUCCGACCAGUACAUCAGGAGCAGUAGUGCAGCCUCACAGAACUGCCAUGAGCUUGGCUCAGAAUCUGAUGGCAGGGUGCCCUGUCUCUUGCUUUGUGCCUCUUGA